AUGGCCGAGUCCACGGAACCGUCCUCGUUGGCGGUUCGGCUCGCAUCCCGCCGCGCGGUCCAGGUCUUGCAUAACGCGUAUGCAAGUCCAGUGCCGAGCAACAAGGCCGCGCGGAACAUGAAGAAUGCGGGGCAAGCAGGAGACACGCAGAACGCAAGGACCGCGCAGCAUGGAGGACGCGAGGAGACCACGAAGAGGAAUGAGGAGGAAGGGCACGGGGUGUACAGGCAGAACGAGCACAGAGGCUUAUUACUCAAAGGCACCUCUCGCACCCCAUUCUCGCGCGGCACCUCUAACGGCCCGCUAGCCCUACCAUCAUGCCCGACGGCCGCCCCACUAUCUCCCCCGCCAAUGCGCCCAUCGGCUGCACCGCCCGCGCCCCCCCUCCGCCGACGCAUCCAGUGCACCUCCAGCGCUGCCUCCACCUCCGCCCACCAGCAGAGCGCCUCCCGCGCCCGGCGGCGGGUCCAGCGCGCUCGCGAGCCUCCCCGCGCCGCAGCCCAGGACGACGUAGCGGUCGCACAGUUGUCCGCCCGCCCGAUUGACCGCGCGCCCGUCCUGACCCAUGUAUGGCAAGCCUUUAGAUCUCGUCAACAGAAGUUUUUGUAG